GUGUGUUCUGAGCCAUUUCCUACCAGCCUCUGCAAGUGUAGGAUUUAAGCAAGAUGGUGUUGCUGAAACAAAAUAGGGCGUAAGUGAAGCCAAUACAUGGCUUCAGUUGUUCCUUAAGAAUGGGGCCAAAUCCCAGACAGCAAAUGACUGGGAAUUAAUUUUGAGAGUGCAAGUAAAAACUGGGUGUCAUAGUGCAUCAAGCUAUAAGCAAGGGAGUCACUUCACGAUUCUGAAUGAUUUAUUUGACUGGAACAAGAGGAUAGCAACUUGAAGCAUUAAGCAUUGAAAUGUUUCCUGACAUCUCCGUAGCUUUGUGAGUAAUCAGACAUGAAAAUAGCCCCUCAGGAAUCAAGCUACAGUUAAAGAAGACUUAGUUGGAAACUUUGGAGAGUAGAUCAUGGAGUGCAAGAUUGAGGGAAAAGAAAAAUACCAACAUAGCUUGAAUUUACUGAAUAAAAUUAAGAACAUGAAAGAAUUAGCAGAAAUGAUUGAUGUGGUACUCAUAGCAGAAGGAGAGAAAUUUUCUUGCCACAGACUGGUCCUGGCUGCAUUUAGCCCUUAUUUCAAAGCUAUGUUCACCUGUGGAUUACUUGAAUGUAAUCAAAGGGAAGUCAUACUUUAUGACAUCACAGCAGAAAGUGUGUUGGUGUUAUUAAAUUACAUGUACAAUGCAGCUUUGGAGAUCAAUAAUGCCAAUGUACAGACUGUAGCUAUGGCCGCCUAUUUUAUGCAGAUGGAAGAAGUCUUCAGUGUGUGUCAAAAAUAUAUGAUGGACCACAUGGAUGCCUCCAACUGUUUAGGUAUCUAUUAUUUUGCAAAGCAGAUUGGAGCUGAAGAUUUAUCUGAUCGAUCGAAGAAAUAUUUAUAUCAGCACUUUGCCGAGGUGAGCUUACAUGAAGAAAUACUAGAAAUCGAGGUGCACCAAUUUUUGACACUUAUUAAAUCAGAUGAUCUUAACAUAUCCAGAGAAGAGAGCAUUCUGGACUUAGUUCUGAGAUGGGUAAAUCAUAACAAAGAAUUGCGUACAGAGCAUCUUGUUGAGCUUUUGAAGCAAGUCAGAUUGGAACUUGUAAAUCCUUCUUUUUUAAGACAAGCCCUAAGAAGGAACACAAUGCUUCUGUGUGAUGCAGAUUGUGUUGACAUAAUUCAAAAUGCAUUCAAAGCCAUCAAGACACCCCAACAGCACUCUCUAAAUCUGCGCUAUGGCAUGGAGACUACCAGUCUUCUACUUUGCAUUGGCAACAAUUCUUCAGGAAUCAGAUCAAGACAUAGGAGCUAUGGGGAUGCCAGCUUUUGUUACGAUCCUGUAUCACGGAAAACCUAUUUCAUCUCAUCUCCCAAGUAUGGAGAGGGUUUAGGAACUGUGUGUACUGGUGUUGUCAUGGAAAAUAAUACUAUAAUUGUGGCUGGAGAAGCAAGUGCCUCUAAACUCUCUAGACAAAAGAACAAGAAUGUUGAAAUUUAUAGGUAUCAUGAUAGAGGAAACCAGUUUUGGGAAAAGUUAUGCACAGCUGAAUUUCGAGAACUGUAUGCUCUGGGCAGUAUUCAUAAUGACCUUUAUGUUAUAGGAGGGCAGAUGAAAAUUAAAAACCAGUAUCUUAUUACAAACUGUGUUGAUAAGUACUCUGUAGAACGGGACAAUUGGAAAAGGGUGUCUCCCCUUCCACUGCAAUUGGCAUGUCAUGCUGUAGUGACAGUGAAUAAGAAACUUUAUGUAAUUGGAGGCUGGACCCCUCAGAUGGAUCUUCCUGAUGAAGAACCUGAUCGAUUAAGCAACAAACUGUUGCAGUAUGAUCCCAGCCAAGAUCAAUGGAGUGUGCGGGCACCCAUGAAGUACUCUAAGUACCGAUUCAGUACAGCGGUAGUCAACAGUGAGAUUUAUGUUUUGGGUGGCAUUGGCUGUGUAGGUCAAGACAAGGGCCAGGUUCGAAAAUGCCUUGACGUGGUGGAGAUCUACAACCCAGAUGGGGACUUUUGGCGAGAGGGCCCUCCCAUGCCAAGUCCCCUCCUCUCACUCCGCACCAAUUCCACCAAUGCAGGGGCAGUGGAUGGGAAACUCUAUGUCUGCGGGGGAUUCCAUGGAGCAGAUCGCCAUGAGGUUAUCUCCAAAGAAAUAUUGGAACUGGACCCAUGGGAAAACCAGUGGAAUGUUGUAGCCAUCAACGUCCUCAUGCAUGACAGCUAUGAUGUCUGCCUGGUAGCCAGGAUGAAUCCCCGAGACCUCAUCCCCCCGCCUUCAGAUUUGGUGGAAGAAGGCAAUGAGCACUGAGGUGACCCUGCUGGAGGACCUCCUGCUGUGUCUGCAAACAAGGCCUUCAGAACAGAGAGGGCCCACAGCAUCUCCGUCAUGCCAGUCAUGUGCACUGCAUGCAUAGUGGCCUGUGUGUGAAGAAGCAGUGUGUGCUGGGCACUGGGCGGGGAGCAUGGGGAGUCUCCCUUCAGGGACUUCCCAGUCUGAUAGGGUAAAUAAGACACUACAAAGAAGAGGUGAUGACAGCCACAGGAGGGGCACAGGGCCACAGGAGAGCAGCAGAUGGAGGGUCUCACUCUGCUGGGGACCCAUGAACAGCACUGCAAAGGAGCAGACCUUUUAUUGGGCCCCCAAAAGGAUGAGGAGGAAGUGGUCCCAUGGGUGCAGUCAAUGAUGAGUUCAUGGAAACAGCCAAGCAAGGGCCCAGAGACAGAAAGCUCAUGCCUGUCUGCAGCAUCCUGGCUGGGCCAGAUUGCCUGGGGCACAGGGUUUGUGGUCAAGGCUGGAAAAGUAGGUUGUAGCUAGAUGACCAACGCCUGAAAGAAUGAGGAGUUGGACCUGGUCCGUAAGCCAGGGAAUUGUCUCAAAAUAGUGAAUUAAGGGAGACUUCUCUCUGUGCUCUGUUCCAGCUUCAGUCUUAUAAACACUGGCCAUUCUCCUUCAGAAUCCCCUUCUACUGAAGCAACGCCACCCAGCAGCAGGGAUAGCUGUGCUACUAGCCCCUAACAACCAAGGCACUCAAGCCAGACCACAGUGGCCAGAGAAUCCUGCCCUGGGCUGACUCUGUCUGGGACAGGGAUGUGGGGUUCUGCAGCCUGGUCCACUCCGGGGCUGGCAGGCAGUGUCCUGGAGUGGGCUUACCCAGGCUGCCUUUGCCCACCUCUCGGACACAUACGACCUUCUGCAGGGUAGUCCUGGCUGAACAGGACUCGCCCAAGCCACCCAAGCCAGGGACAGAGAAGGCUCUGGCUGAGGACAGGGGAAGCAGCAUCUCCUCCAGCUGCUGCCAACCCCGUGGCCUGGCCUUUGCAAUAAAGAUGGAGCCACCCACUUCAGCCCACAAUUGAGCGUAAUCAGAAGACAGUCACUCUCAAAAUAUAUGUUAGAAAUAACAUUUAAAUGACACAUGGGAAGUCCGUCUAUCUUACUUCCCGUCUCUAAUUCUGGAAGCACAGUGGAUUCAAUGAGUGCAUCUUCAUAGCUGUUCUUCAGCAACUUCUCCAAAGAGUUUCACAUUGCACAAGGCUCUUUUGGAAGCAGGAGUGGUCAGCAAAUUCAGAGGGAGACAAACCCUAAGUAGAGACAGCUUUCUUUGGUGCUGAGCUGUGUGAUUGUGAUGACCGCUAGCCUGUGCCCCCAGGUUCCAGCUGCCCACUAGGCAGGACAGGCAGGUCUUGCCAAAACUGGAGCCUGUUGGAAAUCUAUUUCUGCCACCAAGGACAGGGACCAGGAGACCCAGCGUAGGUUGGCCCCAAGUAGGCUCGACUCUGGGAGGGUGGGGGUCCUGCCUUUCUCUUCGCACUUGUGCCCCAAGUGCACUCACAGUACCUGGCAUGUGGGUGACCUUUUGGGUGGCCGGCAUGGGGCAGUGUUUCUCAGUCAGAGGGCCUGGGCCCCAAGCAUGUCCAGGAAUCUGAGUUAAAGUGAGCUUACUCUUUCCCCAGUGGAUGGUCAUGAUCUGUGCAUUCUUUUUCUUGCUACAGAGAUGUUCCUCCUAGCUGCUGUGUUGGCUGUCGGUGGCCAGGGUUGAGGACGGCCUCCACAGGGCCUCCACUUCCCUGCAUUCCUCUUCGCAUAGUCACUCCGCCUACUCUACCUGCUUGAACAGUCCAGAAAGCUGCCGCGUCUCCCAGGCUCAAGGAGGCCUUGUUGGCAUGUCAUGGCACAUCUCCUAGAUGUUUUGGGUUCAAGGUCUGGGUUCCAGCCUCAGCUCUGCUACUUAGCUAACCAUGUGAAUUGGGCAAGAUGACCUUUCUAAAGCCUUGUUUCCCUCAUAUGCAGAGUGGGAAGGAAAAUAUUAAUACAUACUUUAUAGGGUUGGUGUGAGGAUAAAGUGCUGAGCAAAGUGCCUGUGAAAUCCUGAAAUAAUAAGCAUGUUUUAGCUGCCAUUAUUAUCAUCACUGUCAUUAUCAUUGCAGUCAGCACUUCCCAAAGCAAGAUGCCCAAAACAGACUCAGUGCUUUAGUGCAGUGGGGCAGAUGUGCAUAUGGCUUGAGAUGGUUCUUUCUUUUUUUUUUUUUUGAGACGGAGUCUCUCUCUGUCGCCAAGCUGGAGUGCAGUGGCAUGAUCUCGGCCCACUGCAACCUCUGCCUCCUGGGUUCAAGUGAUUCUCCUGCCUCAGCCUCCCAAGUAGCUGGGAUUACAGGCGCCCACCACCACACCCAGCUAAUUUUUGUAUUUUUAGUAGAGACGGGGUUUCACCAUGUUGGCCAGGAUGGUCUCGAUCUCUUGACCUCGUGAUCUGCCCGCCUUGGCCUCCCAAAGUGCUGGGAUUACAGGCAUGAGCCCCUGCACCUGGCUGAGAUGGCUCUUAAUUUCCCAUACCCUGUUGCUUGGCUCCUCCAGUUAGCGGCUGAGAGUUAAGCAAGGGUUUACUCAGAUCUGAGGCCCCUGAUGCCCUCGAUGGACACAUUCACGGCCCUGCGGCAGCUCAGCAGAGGCACCUGAGGGUCGCGGUAGGUGAGACCAUCACCCGCCUGUGGGAGGCAAGAUAAAUGGGUAAACAUCAUUCCUGUCUAAUGUGAGGUCUGGGCAGUGUCCCAGUGGAGCUUUCCAGAGAGUGCAGAGGGAGGACCGAGAAGGCGCAUGACCUCUGCUGGAGCCAGGAGGGCAGUGACCAGGAGCUGGCUUAGCACUGAAGGGAGGCAGGCAUCCAGGGCAGGAUUUCUCAAACUUCUUCUGAGGAAUCCCCGAGGUCGAAACCCGUGCUUCACAGAUUUCAGAUGUCUGAUCUUGAUUUUUCUUUGAUUCCAUACAACAGAUUGCUUGCCUGGGUUAGUGCUUAUUUUAAGUUCUUGGUGCUUCUUGUCUGCCUUCUAUAUUUGCAAUUAAAAACAACAUGACCCUCCCCACCUGUGGCCAGAUAUCGUUAGAAAUUCAACUUUGAAAUAUAUUCCAAUCACUCCUGUUUUCACUUUAAUAGAAGGCUGUUGCAGUACUGCACAAAGGGCUCUUACAAAACUUCUGCUAUCUGCUAAUUCUUAUCUUUGUGACAGGAUUGUUUGACACUGAGCAAGGAAACACAAUAAGGAAGUAAUUUGGAUGCUAGGCUGGCAGAAGCCUGCAGCUGUCAACCACAGCCUGCCCCAAUGUGUUCAACACGGUGGCAUUGUUCUCCCUGACUUCAUAAUGAGCAAAUGCUUCACGUUUGAACUUAAGGAAUAAAUUUUUACUAAUAAAAGA